AUGGUCCCCUGGGUAAAGGGAGCACAGAUACCGUACCUUGUAAGGGAUACUCGGCAAUCAGAGAGAAGUGUCUUUGACUGGGGCAAAAACUUACUUGCGAUGUCCAAAUACCCGACGGUAAUGAGCUGUAUGGAGGCGUUUGAUGAGCUAACAUCGUGCUACUCUAUAGGUGGUCAAUUUAGAAGUUACUAUCGAUACGGCGAGUUUAACCCCUGCCAAAAGCAGUUGGAGAAGCUGAAUUUCUGUAUGUUGCACGGAAGGAAUCCUGUUAAAGUACAAGAAUGGUACAGGGCGCGCAUAGAAGAAAAUAAUAAGCUGAAGGGGAGUUCCGAUGCUGUUUGGAAGGAGCGAGGGUAG